CUUUGUCGCACUUUUCCACCAAGCUGUAUGCCAUUUUUUUUUGCAUGGCUAGUUAGUGCAUGGUCUGUAGAGCAUGCAGCUUGAACCUCGGGUCCAAGAUCCAAAUGGUUUGGGAGCGACGGCGUUUCAACUUUUGCCCCAACUGUAUGCCAUUUUUUUUUGCAUGGCUAGUUAGUGCAUGGUCUGUAGAGCAUGCUGUUGUGUGAUGUUAUCAUAUGCUAUCACAUUCUGUCUGCCUCCCAUCCCUUGUAUUUGUGAUGAUAGAUCUUGAGAAGAUCUUUCCGACGCAACAAGAAUCGCUUCAAUCGGAGCAAGAACGCGAAAGCUAUGAAGAUUCAAAGUUCAUGAGCUUGCGUUACAAUUGCGGCGGUUACUAAGUGAAGUUGUGGGGUGACUUUAUAUGGAGUUGGGACCUUUGGGGUUGGGGAAACUUGUCACUCUACUGUAACAGCUGCAAAUAGGUUGGGAACAACCAAGCUAGGUUGGCAAGGGUGGCCAACUUGGAUGGAUUGGUUGGGAAGGGACAAAGGUCAAAGUUGAGGUUCCUAUAGGGAGGGAAUCUUUGUGCUUAUGGGGUUUCCUUGGUUGGGGACUCUCUUGGGACCUUCCCUCUCAUCCCUCUCUUCCUAUCCCAACCUUUCUCUUGCUCCUUCUAAUUCCUUGAGAAGAUGAAUGAGAGAGGAGGAGAUGCUAAUGGAAGAGGAGCUGUAGCUGAGAAGACAAGUGAGCCGCCGCCAUCAAAAGUUGAAGCUUUGGAUGGCUCCAACUAUGAGGAAUGGAGCGGACGGAUGAGGAGUGCCUUCAAACGCUACAAGCUACUGAAGAUUGCUGUUGGGGAAGAGAAGAUGCCGGAAGAAGGCGAAGCACAGGUAGAGGCCGAGGUGACUAUAAUGAGGGGCAUGGGAGCUCUAGUGGCAGGGGGAGUACCAGAAUGGAGGGCACCUGCUGGUACUGCAAGAAGGUCGGGCAUCCUUGGUUCAAGUGCUUCAGCAGGCCGGAGGGAUGGGCACCUCCAGGCAUGAAGCCGCCCAGUGGUGAACGCGCACAAGGUGGCGCUGUGCAAGGCUCAGGUGCACAAGGUGAAGGUGCACAAGGUAAUG